GGGCACGUUUACUUGUUCUUGUGGUCUUUCUCUUGUAGGUUUUCAUUCACCUAGUAUGGCCCCGGUGAUGACCAAAACCCACAACGAGGACAUGAGCUCGUGUUUGCCGGUGGGGCGUGUCUGUUGGUAGCAACACUGAGCUAAUAAGCCAGCGAAGAAGCACACUGGCAGUUUCAUAUCAAAAUAAAACUAGAAGCCAGCUAUCUAAACGAUUUCAAAUCAUAAAAUCUGCCAAUCAAAUGUGUACCGUCCAGGUCCAGCACCAUUUUUAAAAUUGUAAUUCACGUUUUAGCUACAAUAAGCACAAUUUAAUUUAAUUAGUCGUGUGCGCUCUAAAGCCUUUACUUUGAAGGUUAUUACAGGAAGUAGAGUAAGCGAUUCCGAUUAACUUAAUGUCACUUGUCAGACACCUUGUGAACCAGACGGUGGGCGCUCACGACUCACGUGCGUCGACAAGUAUGGUCUCAAAGAAAAACAAAAGCUUUGCUAGCCCCUUCCCAACUUCAGUCUGAUGUCCAUUUGCCGAGCGGAGGAGCUAUGAAGAAGCACCACAGUCCCACCAAGCAGCAUCAGCAGCUGGCGGUGACAGACGUCCCGGUGGCGGCGACGACGGCUCCGGGCGGUGAGGUGACCGUCCAGCAACUCAACGAGCUCCUGUCCAACGGCAGCGGCUUCUACAGCCUUCCGACGCAGCACUUCAACGAGGUCUUUCCGAGGAUUUACAUCGGCAACGCGUUCGUGGCCCAGAAUGCAAUGCGUCUGCAGAAACUGGGAGUGACCCACGUGCUCAACAUGGCGGAGGGCACCUCCUUCAUGCACGUCAACACCAGCGCCGACUUCUACGCCGGCACGGGCAUCACGUACCAUGGCAUCCAGGCCAACGACACCGAGCAGUUUGACCUCAGUGCCUUCUUUGAGGAGGGGGCCGACUUCAUCGACAAGGCCCUCGCGCACAACAAAGGGAAGGUGUACGUACACUGCAGAGAAGGCUACAGCCGCUCGCCCACCGUGGUGGUGGCUUACCUCAUGCUGCGCCACAAGAUGGACGCCCGGCAAGCGGUGGCCACCGUGAGACAGAAGAGGGAGAUCGGCCCCAACGACGGCUUCCUGCGCCUGCUGUGCCAGCUCAACGAGAAGCUGGCCAAGGAGGGCAGGCUGAACGGCGAGGUUGAAUCUUGGAACCAAAAAGGGGAAUGCCACACCUAAAAGUUCGAGCUGAAG